GCUUCGGUAUUUACUGGAUGUGACAAGCAGAGAGAAGAGCUUUCAGCAGGGGCUCUCGCUGCCUGGCUCAAGUGGUGGGAGAGCUCCUUAGCCCGCAGCCUCUCUGACCAUCCAGUUGGCAAAGACCCGCAGGCCAUGAGGACUGGCCAGAGACAGUGACAGGACGAGAAAGGGUAGAUCCCUGAGCCCCGCAAUCUUAUUUCCUGCCCUGACGUCCCUGCAAACCAGCCCAAGUGUUAACCGUAAGCGGAUGCCUGUAUGGCUGCCUUACUGAUGCCACGCAGGAACAAAGGGAUGAGGACUCGACUGGGAUGCCUGUCUCACAAGUCAGACUCGUGUAGUGAUUUCACAGCUAUUCUUCCCGACAAACCCAACCGUGCUCUCAAGAGACUAUCCACAGAAGAAGCUACGAGGUGGGCAGACUCCUUUGACGUGCUUCUCUCCCACAAGUAUGGGGUGGCUGCCUUCCGCGCCUUCUUGAAGACGGAGUUCAGCGAGGAGAACCUGGAGUUCUGGUUGGCCUGUGAGGAGUUUAAGAAGACCAGGUCAACUGCAAAACUGGUCUCCAAGGCCCAUAGGAUCUUUGAGGAGUUUGUGGAUGUGCAGGCCCCACGGGAGGUGAACAUCGACUUUCAGACCCGAGAAGCCACGAGGAAGAACAUGCAGGAGCCAUCCCUGACUUGCUUUGACCAAGCCCAGGGAAAAGUACAUAGCCUCAUGGAAAAAGACUCUUACCCCAGGUUCCUGAGGUCCAAAAUGUACUUAGAUUUGCUGUCCCAAAGCCAGAGGAGGCUCAGCUAGACCUCAGAUGGGGACUUUUGGAAAUCACUGGCUUUCCCCUCCCUUUGCUGCCAAGACCAUACUCUAAUGUGAAAUGUUAUAGGUGUUUAAAAGCGGUGGUAUUCAGGGUGGGAGGCUAGGGGUGAGGAGAGAAGAGAGGGCCGUGCCAAAGUAUGGCUCAGCUGCCGGGACUCGGACUCUAUUUCAUGUACCCGUGUCUGUGUUUUGGUUAGUGGUAGCACCUUGCAGCUGUUACCUUUCUCUGGGUCAGCCACUUGCCCUUCAUAAUGCCUUGGGCCAUCUCCGCUGAGAAGGCAGAUUCGCUGUGCUAGGCUAACCUGUAAAUAAUGCAAAUGCAAUUUGCACACCCACCACACCCUCCUCCGUUAGGAUUCCUGACUCUCCACUUGUCUUAUACUCCUUGAAGGAAUAGCUGGAUGGCAGGCUCACAUUUGUGAUUUGCUGUUAUAGUGUAAUGGCCAUUCCCAUGUGCUAGGACCUCACAGCUUAGGAGAGAGGCCUCUGUGGAGUCCCAGGUUUCCAGUGCUGUCAUUGACUGGUGGCACCUGGGAGAGAGGAUGGACUCUAUGAGUGGGCUGUUUCUCCCAUUUCCACUGGACCAGUGUGAAAAGCUGUGCCCAUCUUAGCCUA